AAACCCUAAAUCCUGUACCGUACGAUUCCUUCUACUCCCUUCCUUUUAAGAUCCCAAAAACGCCCUACUCCAUCUCCUUCUCCUUCUCGGAAAGCUCUCGCAUUCCAGCAAAUCCGCCCUCUCCCUUCUCUCCAAUCCCUCGGAAAUCAUGUCUCAGAUGAGCAAAAAGCGAAAGUUCGUCGCGGAUGGGGUGUUCUUCGCGGAGCUGAACGAGGUGCUGACAAGGGAGCUGGCCGAGGACGGGUACUCGGGCGUGGAGGUGAGAGUCACCCCCAUGCGUACCGAAAUCAUCAUCCGUGCCACUCGUACCCAGAACGUCCUUGGGGAGAAAGGCAGACGAAUUAGGGAAUUGACAUCGGUGGUCCAGAAGAGGUUCAAUUUCCCAGAGAACAGUGUUGAGCUUUACGCAGAGAAGGUGAACAACAGGGGGCUUUGUGCCAUUGCUCAGGCUGAGUCGCUGCGGUACAAGCUUCUUGGCGGGCUUGCUGUUCGUAGGGCCUGCUAUGGUGUUCUGAGAUUCAUCAUGGAGAGUGGAGCUAAGGGAUGCGAGGUGAUUGUCAGUGGAAAACUUAGGGCGCAACGUGCGAAGUCCAUGAAGUUCAAGGAUGGAUACAUGAUUUCUUCUGGCCAGCCUGUCAAUGAAUACAUCGACUCGGCAGUGCGGCACGUUCUCCUACGUCAGGGUGUCCUGGGGAUCAAGGUGAAGAUCAUGUUGGACUGGGACCCAAAGGGAAAGCAAGGACCAACAACGCCUCUGCCCGAUCUGGUCACCAUCCACUCCCCAAAGGAAGAAGAGGAGUUCAUGAGGCCGUCGAUGCUGGCAACCGACAUCGAGGUGGCUGCUGCUUGAAAACACGGUCGGGUUUGCCUCGCCACCCAUUUCUACUACAAUCAAGAAUACUAAAUGCCUUUACUUUCCUUUUCUUGUUACUAGUGAUAUUUUCGGCUCUAGGCAAGCAGGUGCUGUUUUUUUCCGUUUACUGUCUUUUUAUCAAACAAAUUUGAGAGGAUUUUUUGCGUUUGAUAUUUGCAUUUUGAACAGUCUCGAUUCUUUCCUGUCGUUGGUUUAUUGUUGGUUUAUUGCCACUCUGCCCAUGGGUUAAGAUGGUGAAUCUAGACCUUUGACCUUGUGUCGGCAUUUGAUCUGAUUGAUUGGUGGUCUUCUUUAAUGUAGAGCAUGACUUUUUUUAUUCU